AUGGCGAAGCUGUGGCAGGGCAGUGGCGGUGGACUUCACCCAUUGGUGGAAGCCUACACCGUCGGUGAGGACUAUCGCUUGGAUGGUGAGGUCUUGUUGCCCUAUGACUUGAAAGCCAGCGCCGCACAUGCGUCGAUGCUCCAAUCCAUCGGUGUGCUGACGGCUGAGGAGUUGCAAACCUUGAAGACUGCCUUGAAGGAGAUCGAAGAGCUCUGGAAGAAAGGUGAGUUCAAGGUAACGCCCAGUCAAGAAGAUGGUCACACAGCCAUUGAACAGUACAUCACUGAGAAAUAUGGAGACGUGGGCAAGAAGAUCCACACCGGUCGUUCUCGGAACGAUCAGUCCAUGACAAUGAUCCGACUCUACUCAUUGGAGCAGUUGCGCGAGGUCAAGGCCCUUGCGCUCGACCUGGCUUCUGCGGCGGAGGCGCGCUUGCCCAAGCUGAAUGAUGUGGCUAUGCCAGGCUACACCCACAUGCAGCGUGCCAUGCCUACCAGCGUUGGCACUUGGCUGGGCUCCUUCGCACAGGGCUGGAAAGAUGCAGCGAAGGUCUUAGACGGGGCGAUCAGCGUGUUGGACCAGAACCCCUUGGGCUCCGCCGCCGGCUUCGGGAUCAACGGUCUGGCGCUGGACCGGGAGGAGACCGCGAAGCUCAUGGGCUUCGGGGCGGUGCAGAGCAAUCCCAUGUAUUGUGGCUUGAGCCGAGGGAUGUUUGAAAACGUGGCCCUGCAGGCCAUGAGUUUUCCCAUGGUCUUGAGCUCCAGAUUUGCCACAGAUAUGAUGAUGUUCACGCAGCAGGAGACUCUCUUCGUGGCUUUGCCAGAUAAUUUCGUGACAGGUUCUUCGAUCAUGCCCCAGAAGAAGAACUAUGAUCUCUUCGAGAUCAUGCGUGCCAAUGGCAAGGUCUUUGGAUCUCUUCAAAUGCAGAUCCAGGAGACCAUUGUGGGCUUAGGCAGCGGUUAUCAUCGCGACUUGCAAUGUACCAAGAAGGCCUUUAUCGAAGCUUGUCAGCUGGCGACCAGCACACUGGGCUUGCUGAAGGAGGUGUUCCAGAUAUCCUUGGGAUGUCCUGGGCAUAUCACAAAGUACAGUGACGAAACGCCAAUGAUCAUAGCGUAG